GCCGCCGUGCGGGCGAGACCCCCGGGAGGAGCGCACGGCCGCUGCCAUAUCUCGGGGGUCUUAGAUCGAGAGGCUGCUGGGGCAAGCGCUUUGCCUGGGGCAAGUCUGCUGGGCUGAUGGAACGAAGAGAGAAGUCCUCGCUCUUUUGGUUCCUUUCCAAGCAUUUUUAACAGAGGAAGGAUGUAAUAACAUGCCACGGGCAAUAAAUCAUAGGCUAGCUACUCCCCCCGGCUCCCCUCCCCCAGCCCCGGCGGUCCCGGCCCCUCUAUAGAGGGAGGGGAGGAGGGGACUCCAGCAGAGCGCCGCAGCAGCCGGGACUAGCAGACCAGAGCACGCCCCGCACCCCGCCAGCCGCCCCAGCAUGGACCUCCGAGCCCUGGCUCUGCUCGCCUUCGCACUGGCGAUCAUCUCCCUCUCGGAAGAGAAACCCGUCAGCCUGACUUACCGAUGCCCCUGUCGUUUCUACGAGAGCAACGUGGCAAGAGCCAACAUUAAGCACCUCAAAAUCCUCUCCACACCCAACUGCUCACUUCAGAUUGUUGCAAGGCUCAAGAGCAACAGCAAGCAAGUGUGCAUUGAUCCUAAGUUAAAGUGGAUCCAGGAGUAUCUGGAGAAAGCUUUAAACAAACCACGUCAUCGCACUCAUAAAAAAAAGCAACAGAAGAAACGGGGCCCACUCUGCCCUUCCCGUGCAACACCACUAAAGUCUCCAGGGAGAAAGAAUGGAGGUUCAAGAUGUAAGAGGCAAGCAUUGUAAGCCGUCUACAGGAUUUCUUACUGUAGGACCCAGAGAGCAGAUAACCAGUAUUAGGGAAUGAAUACAUUUCACUGUUAUCAUGCAGCACAAAAGCAACGCUUCAUGCAUUUCCAGGGGUGUUGGGGUUUGGGUUUUUUGGUUUUUGUGUGGUGUUUUUUUGUUCAUUUGGUUGGUGUUUUUUCAGUUGUUUUCUUUUCUGCUGUUGUUUUCCACAAACUGGCUUGCUUUCACAGUGCUAUUUUUGUAUAAUAAGAUGUAACUAUUUGAAAAAAACUAUGGUUUUAUACAGGUUGGUUUAUUACCUAGCACUGAGGGCAGAUAUGAAUUUAAACUAACACUAUGUUAUUAUGUAAUAUUUUAUUUCAUUUGCUAUGUAGAGGUCCUGCUUUAUUUAACUUUCUUUUGGUUCAUGCAAGUCUCCUGGAGUUUUAAACCUAGAAGGACAUGAACUGUACAGUGCAAUGAUAUUGUGUAAUUAGUGGAAGGACUCCUUGCCUGCAGAAGUCAUCGAGGCCAAGAACAUAGGAAAGCUAAAAAGCAUCAGACAUUGAUGAAAGUGGACAACAUUACCAUGGGUGGCAUUUAUAUGUAUUUUGUGUGAGGGAUUAAACUCAGGGCUACGGGGCUAAAGCCCUUCUCCGUAGAUCAUAGACCUUGGUGAUGGCUAUGAGCAGCUGGGUCAAUGCUCAUCUGGUUUUGUAGGAUGCUAGUAGUUACCUUGUAGUAGUUGUGUAUGUUAGGAGCCACAACACUGAUCUGAUGUCACCUGGCAUUUCCUAUGUUCCUGUGUUUCUGAUGAAAAAAAUAGCACAAAAAGGAAUGUGUUAUUAAAGGACUAACCACACGAUCACAUUGCAAGUUGCUAAAGGUGUCAGAUAUGCUGCCGUGCACCAGGUGUCUCUUCCCACCCCUCCACAGGAAGUGUCUUUAGCUUGCCUGGCUAGCUUUGCACUGAAGUAUGUGGAGAUGCAUUCAUGUGACCUUCACCAACGACACUGUAGCAUUGGCUACUAAAUAGUCACACAGACUUGAAGGUAGUAACAGCUUUGAUUGCUUUGGAGACACCCAAAAGAAGAUAUCUGGCUACAUCUUUGGAGAAAAGAGAUGCCUGGGCCAAGAGGGGGUCUGCUCAGUGUGUGGAAAGACUGGUGUUACUGAGGUGUAGAAAUGAAGGCCAACACCUGCUGUCCACCGGCAGUCAUGGUCCUGUUUGCUGGUUAACAGGAUAGCCUCUGGAAUUUCCUUUGCAGAGUGCACCCAGGGACAAGUACCGCUUCUUGCACCAAUGUGCUGUCUCAGCCAGAAAUGUGUUUAUCCUGAUUCCUACCUGUACACGCAUUAUCUUUGAUAUAUAGUGUAUGGGAAGACACCUGCAGUACUGUGAUAAUCACGUGCUGAGCACUGGGACUGGGGGGAAGCAAAUUUGUGCAGCACAAUGCUUGUGUUUGUAUGUAACUGUAUGUGUGUUGUAAACAAAAAAAAAUGAUGUAAGAUGGUAAAUUUUUUUGAGCAGUUUGCUUCAAAAAGAAUUGUCCCUCUUCCCUGCAGCCUGGGGCACUUCAGCUAGUCAGGGAUGACCUUAUUUCCAUGUGGAUUCAGGUAAAAAUCUUGUGUUUUCCUCUCUGCAAAACAAUGCAAUUACAGAAUGCUUCAGCUGGGACCACAUCACUCUAUUUGCUUUAAAGUAGAAAUCAACUGCUGUGCCUAAAAAGUAUGUGUGUGAUUUUGACUUUCCUUCUAUUGUUAUCAUUACCAGCCUGGUGCUUUAAGUCUAUUGUGUCUCUGUUUGGAAAGGUCUGGUACCACUGUACUUGAUGAGAACUGGAGUGUUGUUUUAAUUUGAAUAGGAUCAGAUCCUCUGUUGUAAGGGUAAAGACAAAAAGAACUUUUAUGAGAAAACUAAAA